UCCUCCCGCAGCCCGCUCUCUCUCCGCCCAGCGCGGCGGAGUGUUGUCACGUCAGCCGGGUUGCGGUGCCCGGCACCACGCAGUGAUGGUGGCCUCGAGGUGCGUCACCCCCGGCGCCUGCCCGGCCCUGGCUCUGACGCGGGCGCUGGCCCUGCUGGUCGGACUGUACCUGAGCGGCUUGACAGGCGCAAUCCCUACCCCGAAGGCCUCCUGGGGGCCUGGCGGUCCGGACCCACCCGCCUCCCGCUGCCGCUCGGUGCUCUUGGACUCCGGGACCGGCCAGCUGCGUCUGGUGGAUGGCCGCCACCCGGACGCCGUGGCCUGGGCCAAUCUCACCAACGCCAUUCGCGAUACCGGGUGGGCCUUCCUGGAGCUGCACACGGAUGGCCACCACAAUGACAGCCUGCAGGCCUACGCGGCGGGGGUGGUGGAGGCUGCUGUGUCCGAGGAGCUCAUCUACAUGCACUGGAUGAACACGGUGGUGAACUACUGCGGCCCCUUCGAGUACGAAGUCGGCUACUGCGAGAAGCUCAAGAGCUUCCUGGAGGCCAACCUGGAGUGGAUGCAGAGGGAGAUGGAGCUGAACAAGGACUCUGCCUACUGGCACCAGGUGCGGCUGACCCUCCUGCAGCUGAAAGGCCUAGAGGACAGCUAUGAAGGCAGUGUGACCUUUCCAACUGGGAAGUUCACCAUCAAACCCUUGGGGUUCCUCCUGUUGCAGCUCUCUGGGGACCUGGAAGAUCUGGAGCUGGCCCUGAAUAAGACCAAGACCAGGCACACUUUGGGCUCUGGCUCCUGCUCUGCCCUCAUCAAGCUGCUGCCCGGACACAGCGACCUCCUGGUCGCCCACAACACCUGGAACUCCUACCAGAACAUGCUGCGCAUCAUCAAGAAGUACCGGUUCCAGUUCCGGGAAGGCCCCCGAGAGGACUCUCCCCUGGCUGCUGGCAAUGAGUUGGUGUUCUCCUCCUACCCCGGCACCAUCUUCUCCUGUGACGACUUCUACAUCCUGGGCAGCGGGCUGGUGACACUGGAGACCACCAUUGGCAACCGGAACCCGGCGCUGUGGAAGUACGUGACGCCCGGGGACUGUGUGAUGGAGUGGGUGCGCAACAUUGUGGCCAACCGCUUGGCCGUGGACGGGGACACCUGGGCGGAUGUCUUCAAGCGCUUCAACAGUGGCACGUACAACAACCAGUGGAUGAUCGUGGACUACAAAGCAUUCGUCCCCGGCGGGCCCAGUCCUGGGAGCAGGGUGCUCACCAUCCUGGAGCAGAUCCCGGGCAUGGUGGUGGUGGCCGACAAGACCUCGGAGCUCUACCGGAAGACCUACUGGGCCAGCUACAACAUCCCGUCCUUCGAGACCGUGUUCAACGCCAGUGGGCUGCAGGCCCUAGUGGCUCAGUAUGGGGACUGGUUCUCCUACGACAGAAGCCCCCGGGCCCAGAUCUUCCAGCGGAACCAGUCGCUGGUGCACGACAUGACCUCCAUGAUCCAGCUGAUGAGGUACAAUGACUUCCUGCACGACCCCCUGUCUCUGUGCAAGGCCUGCGACCCCCAGCCCAACGGGGAGAACGCCAUCUCCGCCCGCUCCGACCUGAACCCGGCCAACGGCUCCUACCCCUUCCGGGCUCUGCAGCAGCGCUCCCACGGGGGCAUUGAUGUCAAGGUGACCAGCAGGGCCCUGGCCAAGGCCUUGCGCCUCGUGGCAGCCAGUGGCCCCACGUGGGACCAGGUGCCCCCGUUCCAGUGGAGCGCGUCCCCCUUCAGUGGCCUUCUGCACAUGGGCCAGCCCGACCUCUGGAAGUUCUCGCCCGUCGACAUCUGGUGGGACUGAGCGCUGGCUCUACCCAGCUGCCUUCUGCCCCUGCUGACCGCAGCGGGGCCACGCCGCCUUGACCUCCUGCUGGUCCCCUCCGUGGCCUUUGCCCCUGCUGUGCACUGAGCUGAGACCUGGGGCUGUCAGGUCCACUCCCGUCUGGGUGGGGCACAGGACCCUCGGGGGUGGUUCAGAACGGACUCCCUCUCCCCUGAAGUGGGUGAGUGCUGUCUCCGUCCUCUGCUUCUCUGCAGCUCUCUCUCUCUCUCUCUCUGUUUCUCUGUCCUCUCUGCUUCUCUCUCUCCCCCGCCCUGGGGCCCCACCCUCAGGCUGCCCCCCUGAGGGAUCAGGGUCUGGGCCCCCAGGGGAGCUGGAGGGGCCUGUUGCCCAUGGCUCUGGAGCUGGUGGGGUUUCAGCCCUGAGCCCUGGGUGUUACCUGUGGCUGAUGUCUCCUCCAGCCCAGGCUCCUCUGUCCCUUUAGGAAGUGGCCCCCUGUUGCCACUCUGGACAGCUUUCUCAAGGACAGAAACUGGAAAACAAACAAAAACCAAAGGUUCCAGCAACUGGUGGCUAGAGGGAGCCUGAGUUUCCCUGCUCACUCCCCGGGCAGACGGGAGCCUCAGCCCCGUGUCCCAGCCUCCUGCCCCGCCCCUGCCUGGCCUCCGCCUGGCCUCCAGGCAGCGAGGGCCCUCAGCUCCCCUGCUGCAGGCACUAAGUCGCAGGCUGUGACAUCAUUAAAUGGGAGGGGCCGAGAGGCCUCGGCCAUG